AUGGACGACUUUUUUGAUAUAUUAAAAAAAAUUAAACGUAUUAAUGAACCAACAAUUAUUUCAUUGAAUACUACAGGAAAAGUUUCUAAUAAAAAAGAAGAAAAUUUAUUAAAAUCAACUAAAGAACAACAUACGAAAUCUAUAGUUGUAGAUCAUAAAAAACUUAAAAGUCCAGUUAGUCAAGAAAAUACAAUAACAACAUCAGAUGAUACACGAAUAGUAAGAUACAUUAUUAAUAGAAGAAUUAUGAGAUCAUCGAGUUUAUGAGGCGCUCGAUAAAAAUUUUUUUUGUGUAUUCGAUACAUCGAUGUUUGAAAUUAGCAACUCAAAAAAUUUUAGUGUCCAAUACCCUUUCUUUUAAAAGUUAGUUAAUACCGACUGAUAUCCUUAUGAGAAAAAAAAACACCCAAAAAUACUCUGUAAAAGUUAUGCUCAUUUUUGUUUCAACGGAUCAUUCAAUUUGUUUUAUAAAUU